AUGAGUUCUAGAGCAUUGAGAAGGCUAGAGAAGCAACGGGAACAGACUCGUUUGGCUGAAGAGAAUAAUGAUGUUGAAGAGGUUGAAGAAGAAAGCGUUGAACCUGUGAAGAAGGCUCAAAACAUAUUUGCACUCAUUGGUGGUGAAGAGGAUGAUGAUGAAGAUGAUGAAGAUCAGGAGAAAGUAGAGUCUGAAACUGAAGAUGUGAAAGCGUCAGUACAUCUACCCACAAAGUCACAGAAGAAGAACAAGAAGAAGAAAAAUAAAGGUAAAAAGAAGGCUGAACCUAAAGAGGUUGAUGAAGACAGUGAUGAUGAGCUAGAUAAGAUAAUCAAGGAACUAAAUCGUAAAGAAAAUAGAAUUGUGGAUACAACUGAAAUAGACGCAGAAGAGGAAGAAGCCAUUGAUGAUGAGGUGACUCAUGAAAUUUUAGACUCAUCAUUCAGCCACUUCACACCACUAAAACAAUACAAAUCCGCUUCACUAUUGAAAAUAGAUCCAAGAGACCUAGACCCAGAUAACGAAUUCAAAAAACUAUUUGGUAAUUUGUCUGCAGAAGCCCUUAAUGAUGCUGAUUCAACAACUUCAACUUCAGUACCACCUGAAAUUUUACAACAAAUCAAGAGAUUAUCGAAAGUUGUUAGAGGUUGGGGUGGUCGUGAUAGAAGAUCCAUUCCUGGUACUACAAGAAAACUAAUCUUGACCAAAAUAAGAGAUGAUUGGAUUCCAACUCCCAAAAAGGAUAUAAAUAUGGAGGAAUUAUCAAUAAAGGAAGUUAUUGACGAUAAAGCUGCAGAAUCUGAAGAUUGGGUUGAUGUUAUAAAAGAUGAUGUUGUGAAAAUGGCGAAAUAUGGUAUAAAACAUUAUAAAUUCGAAAGAGGUGCUGAAUCUAAGAUUGCCAAUUCACAAUUCUAUGCUUCUGUUGUUGUUACUCCAAAUCAUGAAAAUUUGAUGCAAUUAUUACCAAGGUUCCCAUAUCAUGUUGAAACUAUUCUACAAGUUGCGUUGAUUUUGAUUAGACAAGGUGAUAAAAGUAACAGUAAUGGUCUUGUGGAGAGAGCAUUAUUUACAUUUGACCGUGGGUUUAAGCAGAAUUUUGAUCUUUCAAACGGGUUAACAAGAUUACCAUUCAAUUACUAUUUGAACCGUCAAUUUUAUCUAGCCGUUUUCAGAUAUAUUGAAAUCUUGUCUAAGAAAGGUACAUUGUUUACUGCUUUCACUUAUGCUAAACUUUUAUUAGCAUUAUCACCAGCUGACGAUCCAUACGGUGUUAGAUAUUUUAUUGAUUUUUAUGCAAUUGUGUCAGCUGAAUACAAAUACUUGACUGAAAUUGUGGAUAGUCCAUUAGUCACUACAUAUUCAAAAUGGUAUACUCCAGGUAUUGCGUAUUCCACCGUUUUAGCAUAUUUAUACCUAGGAAAUGAAAGAAAGGCUAAAGAGUAUUUGAAAAAGGCCUUUAUCAAACAUCCAUUCACCGGUUAUAAAUUAUUAGAAGCUAUUGGGUUGGCAAGUGAUAUCCCAGUUAAUGAUUAUUCAAUUUUUGAAGUUGGCCAAGAAACUGAGUUAUCCACUGAAGCAUAUUUAUUGAGAGCUCCAAUUGUUUGGAAAGAAGCAAACCACAGAAAGUUUUUGCAUGACACAUUGCUAGGGUUCAUAAAUAAUAAAAUUAAGUUCCAACCAACACAAGAUGGCGUUAUUCCAAUGAAUUUCUUAAGAUUUGCAAUUCUAUCAGGAGAAGGUAAAGUUAUGGCAAAGAUCCCACCAGAAAUCUGGGAACAAAAUGAAAUCUAUGAAUUUGAUGUCCUACCUCCAAAAUUAGGUUAUAAUGAUGAAGAGAUUAUGGAAAUGGUUAGAAAUUUAAGUUUACAGGAUGCUAUCGAUCAACAAGUGCCAGGAGCCUUUCCAGAGUAG